GGAAAAACUGAUCUUCUUCUGAGAAGUUUUCCAAAGUUCUCUACACAGGACACUAUAUUUAAAGAAAUUUAAAGAAAUUUAAUUUGAAUUGGGCACCCCCUCUGCACAGAUUUCUGCCUCAAAGUGCAGAUGGUUCUUUCAGGUUCAGCAUUUCCCAAGCCUCUUGGGAGACAAUGAUCUUACAGCCUUGCCAUGAUCUUACAAAUAAUUUUGCUGUCAAGUGUCAGGAUGCUUUGGGAAAUGUCUGCUAACUGGGAUUUUUACAUUAACAACUUUCAGUGUGCCAACAAACAAAAAUGCUCUUUGUGGUAGGUGUAUAAAGAGCCAGAAGAGACCAGAGAUGAGGAUUCAGGCAAAACACCACCGAUUCAGCAGCAGUGAGUGUGCUCACAGAGAUGUCAGAGGUGUGUACAUGCAAAGAGGAAUCUUUGAGCGUCACAGGUUUUUUUGUAUCACUUAAGUCUUAGGGGGAAAGCCUUGCUGUUGGUAUGGUAAUGUAGCUACAGGAGGUGACCUAGAUGUCAAAAAGGAAAAUGAAAGUUUUCCAAUUAGUUGAGAGCAAAUCAGAGGACAAAAAGGAGCAAAGAAAUUGUGUUUCACAGUAAAUGGAGAAGGAGGAAAUAUUUGUGUCUAAGUUCGGAUCACUGUUAAAUACUAUUUGUAGGCACUGUUAAAAAUAGGAUUGUUCCAAGUAAAAAGAGCACUGUGGUUUUUGCAAGGCUUUAUAAAUCCUACUUUGGAUGCUAAGAGACAUCCACUUUAGAGAAAAGUAAAAUAAUUUUAAGAUGAAACUACCUAGACUAGUCAGUAGUAGCCAUUAUGUCAGUGAGCCCCGGUCUAACAGAUCAUUAAAUUAUUUUGGGCAUCUCUUUGCUGUUUUUCCCCAGCACCAUCUUUAGUACUGAUGAUGCCACCACAGCAGCUUCCAUACAGACCCACGAGGGCAGGGCCAAGACUCCUAUCAGGGAGAGAUAAUCUACUGCCACAAGGUCAAAGCCCACACUAUCUUCACAUUUUCCUGGAAAGAGAAGCCAUCCUAUCUGUGCUCACUCUGCAGCACAGUUAAGCCAUGUUCUUACUGGGGGAUUUAACAGGGAUGAAAGAGACAAAUGCAUUUUGGGGUUGCAGAAAGAGCCUGUGAUCCCUGUGACUGUAAUGAUUGCAGGGAAGGUGUCAGUGAAGGAAAGAGGGGACACUUGUGGGAGUUUGAUCAGAUGUGUUCGGUUAUAAAUAUGUUCAGCAACUCCACCCGAACAGUUUCUAUCCCAGAGAUGAUUUUGAAUCACAGAAGUUGGGGUGGACAUGGCUCUGGGCUGGGCCUUUCUAAGGCUCUUAGUGUGUUUCUAACCGCAGGUAUCAAAGGUUUGGCAGGAGUAUCCUGUUUGAAGGCCUGGAGGUCAAGAAUAAGGAAGAUGAUAUCCAUAAGUAGCUGCUGGGGAAAUCCUAAAGUCUAAAGGAUAACAGAGCACCCCUUUUAAAGGGGAACAGUGGUGGGUUUGGACAUAGGUCUUGGUGCUUCUUUGUUCAGCUGCUUGAAGUCAGAUUUUCCUUAAACCUGACAAUAUUAAUCUCUAGACACAUUCAUCUCUAACAGUGUGUCAGCAUAGCCAGACCUCCUCACCUUGUUAAAACAUCCUAUUCCCUGAUAUCCUAGCCUGCUCUCCAACAUCCCAGGAACCCAGAGCAGUAUCCACCCAUUUCUAUACCCUUAGUGCCAAAUCUGCUGGUACUUGGCUGUGCUUCAACAUCCUUGAGCAUCCUGAUACAGGAGAGAGGAAUGGGAAUCCUCAUCCUCUUCUUCUAGAACUUCUUAGUAUCAGCACAAGCCAGUAGGAAAGUUUGGUCAGUUGGGUUUCCAAAUGGGCCCCUUUAACAGAACCUAUGCACAAUUAGCCCCCAAUGUCAAAGCCACCAAUUAAGCUGCAAUAGCUUUAGGGAGUCAUUGAGUGCUUGGUGGUUUCAGGUGUGGUGAGGUGCGAAGCAGAGCUGCUCUCAGUUGCUCACUUUCACUGCCGCUGCUCCAACACCUACAUUAACAUCAGCCUUUUGACUUGACAGACUUUACAGUUUAGCCCCAAGUUUAUGACAGCUUUUCUGGGCUUCCUGAUGCUUCUCCUGGCCAUGGAGCCAUUGCUCUGGCUCUGGGAUCUUCUCCACACAAGCUGGUGGCUACCAGGGAGUAAAUCUGCCCUGCAAUAGCUGCACUCUGAUGCUCUCAGGAAGGACUGAGAAACUUUGCUAGGUCUGAAGUCCCAAAAUCCCAACUCAUAGCCUUUGAAUAAUGAGACCAAAGUCCCCUGAUACAGGUGGAUUUUGGAGUCUAUUUUUCACCUCUGAACUUCCCAUACCUACAAUGUUUAAAGCAGUUUUACUUGCUUUUAUAUACCUGGUCUUAAACCCAGUACAAGGAUCUUUUGUCAACAUUUCUCUCCCACCCACCAGACAUUCUUCUCUCCUGUGCAGUCCCUCUCCAGGUAGCAUGGCACUAGGACACUCAGAUUAAGGAAGAAUCAUUUUUUAGAACUGGGCCUUUGUCAAACCUGAAUGAUGACAGUUCCCCUUACAAUACCACAGCUGCUCAUUUUAGCAAAUUAGCACAUUUAGUACUAUUGUGGGAUAACUAGAUUGUGGAAAGGGUGAAGUGGAUGUAUGGAUUUAUGUAAAAACCUGCACUGAGGUAUUUAAAAACCUACAGUCAUUGAGAGUUCAGAUCUAUGAACAGUGUUAUCUUGAGGUAAAUAAGUAUCUUUCCCUCCUCAGGAAAGACUGCUGAGCUCCUCACCUCCUGAAAGGCAAUUGAUUAAUAACUUCUCUCUUCUACCACCUAUCUUCUUUAUUUUUAUAUUUAUUAUUAUCUUCAUUUUAAUAUCUUUGUAAGACUGCUUAUAUCUGCAUUAUAUCUCAUAUCUGCAGUACAGAAUUAAAUAUGAAGGCUGAAUAACUAAUCCCAGGGUCUUGCUGCUUUCAGCCUACAAAUGCUGAGACUUUUUUAACCAGCACUAGGCAAAAGAGGGGUUACCUCCACCAGUGGAAGAAAGGUAUUUUAGGAUAGAGUUGUGCUCAAGCUGGAUUCCCAGGAUAGCUUUAAAACACUUUUUUUUUUUUCUAAACAGAGUUUUGAAACUAUAUAGUGCCAAGAUUAUAUAUUCAUAUAUUAUGUUCAAAUUUGAAACCAAGUUGCUUGAAAAUAUAUGGGUUUAUGUUCAAAUUUCAAAGUAUACAGCUUCAAAUCCCACUGUGUUGUGUGUGUCAGUAAAAAUGAUUGGUCUGAUGGGUAACCAAGUGCAGCCAUGGCUGUUUCUCCUUUUUAUGCUGAGAUUUGCUUAUAGGAGUGACUUCAUUUACUAAUUUGUUUAUUAAUAAUGGAAAAAAAAAUCACUGACUUGCUGGGCACAUGGGCCAUGAUCUGUUUCUACUCAAAGACACCAUAAACACUUUUCCUUCUUUCAAGAACAGCAGAGCAAAUAGCACAGCAAUUUCUUAGUUUCAAGUUAAGAGACACAAGGUUUAUCAGUUGAUAAUUUACAGACAAUUAUUGUAAGUUCAGCAUGAGGAGAAGCCCAGGUUCAGACAUUGGAGGAGUGACAUGGCUGGUGACAAGCACUGUAGGUGGCAUAAAUGUCACAUCCAGGAACUAAUGUGUUUCAAUAUAGAUUUGAGUGUCCAACUGACGUCCUGCUAGCACCCUCGUGUCAAACCCUUCCAGCACCACACACCACCCAAGGAAAGCACACAAAAUCCCUCAGGAGAAACUCACAUCCUCUUUCACUGAAGGUUGAUUUAUGCUUUGAGACACUCAGGUUGUUUUCCUCAAGAAAUAUUGGGGACAGGAAUGAAAGUGUGAAGGGAAAGUUUGUUUCCCUUUUAACCAUCACAGAGGUUAUUUCACAUUGUUCCUAAUAUCCAUAUAAAUGCCUCAGAACUUUCGGCUCUAACAAUAAUGCCUGGAAGAGAUGGAUGAUCAGAAAAAAAUUAGAAAAUAAAAUAAAUAAUAAUUAUUGUGCUUUGCUCAUGUAAUUGUACUCAUGUUAUGGAUUUCACUGUGUCCUUUUUUUCUUCUGUCCCUGUGUAUAUCAAGUGAGUUACUCCAAAGACUUUCAACCAGUCUCUGUCCAACUAUUGUGCUUUUUUUGACUUAUUCUUCUCUGCUUUGUAACAAUAACUGUAAUUUUCUUUUUUUACUUUUUCUAAUAGUGGCUAUUUUUAUCACUCCAACUUCUCCUUUGGAAAUUUAAACAGUUUCACAUGAGCAGUUCAUACACAAAUAACAAAAAAAAAAAAAAAGACAAAGUAAAGCCUUUUGCUUUCCUGCUUGUUUUCAUUUCCUUUUUUUUACACUUCAGUUUUACUGAAAAGACUUUUCUUGAGAAAAGAUUAAUGCAACUGGCCCAAAUGAGCAGCAGGAGCCACUGCAUUUUAGGAGUAUGAAACGUAAUUAUCUAGUUGUCUAACAGCAUGGACACAGCAUAUGAAUAUUAGAAAUGGAAGAGUGUAAAUACAGGGCAGGCAUCCAGCAAAUCUUAGCAGAUUCCCAGUGAUUUUUGCUCAGGUGCUUCAUGAUCUCUCUGUCCUGGAAGAUGAGAUGCUUUGCACGUCUUGAAGGUGAGAAAGGCACAUGUAACUGCGGUAUGUCUCGUGCAGUGACUCUCACAGAGCAAGAAGCCUCAGAGUGCUGACAAAAAUACACUGAGCUGCUGAUGCAAAACACAGCUGCUGUAACACCUAUGAUUGGUGAGACCUAGCAGAUCACGAUAGGCCACAAAAAGGUAAAAACAGCUACUGUGGAGAGGCUUGCUCAACUGAAGGAUUCGGGGCAGCAAAGAUAACUCACUGGAACAGUUUGUGUCUCACAAAUGUGUUCUUGGCUAUUGUUCAUCCUUGUCAUCAUCACUAUAUUUUACCCUUUAUACAUGCUUGAAAAUUGCUGGGUGUGAUAAAUCUCUUGAGUUCUGGUGUUCAAACCAAAACUGAUCAUCACAUAUGUUAAUAGAAAAUGGUGCCUACUUUUUUUCACUGGUGUAAUUAUUACUGUUUUCAUUUGAAUUAAUAUUUGAGGUGCAGGUUAGCUUCGACAUCCCAGAAGAAGACAGAACUGGGAAUCGUCUGAGCUGUGCCAAGCAUCAAACUAUUAAACUCUAAAGGUCUGAGAAGACAGGAAUGUGCUUUCAAUUGAAGAGGGCUGUAGAGGCACUCAGAAGCUGACUUUAGUCACAGGGUGGAUUGUGGUGCUACUUCCUUCCCCUUACGGGUGUAUCAACACAAGAGAAAAUGUCACCAGGAGAAAUGUCAUAAAUUUUCUGCUAAGUGCUGCUUUGUGAUUUUCAGUUUGAGGGGAAAACCUCUCUGCAGACCUGGAGAACUGAGUGGAGGCAAGUGAAGCUCUGAACUGGGGGUGGAUGCAGCGGCCAGUGGAAGAAGACUCUUUCCUGGACAGGGCUGAGAGCCUGGAGAAGGUGAGGAGCGGAGCAAAUGGGUGGCCUCCUCUCCUCCUUCCUUACAUUGGGCUGGGACUUAGAGCACUCCUCCUCCAAAGCUCCAAAGUUGACAGGCCAAAGCUUUGGGACAGUCCUUCAGCACCUGAUUUUUUUUUGAAGGGAAAUAUCAGCUGGAAAAAGAAUAAUGGAACGCUGUCUACACGAAAACUGUAACUCUACUUGCCCAGAAAUUCCUUAUCAAGACAGUCAGAUACUCCUGAUUGCUGUUUACAGCAUUGUUUUUGCUAUAGGCCUUCCAGCAAAUUGCUUAACUUCUCUGCUUACAUUUGUACAAAUCAAAAGGAAUAUAGUAGUUGCCAUCUACAUUUUCAGUUUAUCAUUGUGUGACCUGAUGUAUUUAAGUACCUUGCCUUUCUGGAUUAUCUAUGUGAGAAACGACCACAACUGGACCAUAGGUGACAUUGCUUGCAGGAUAAUAGGAUUCAUCUUUUUCUGCAAUAUCUACAUCAGCAUUCUGCUUUUGUGUUGCAUCUCUGUGGAUCGUUAUGUGGCACUAGUGUAUCCUCUGGAAUCAAGGGGGAGAAGACAACAGAAAAAGGCCAUCAUAAUAGUAUGUUUUCUCUUUGCUGUGGUUGCAGGAAUCCACACUCCAGUAUUUUUUAUGGAAGACAAACAAAACUGUACAGAGGUGAAAACCUGCUUUGAGACAGUGCCUCUUGACAUAUUAUUGGCUUAUUUCAGCUUCGCUAGAUUCCUGUUUGGAUUUGCCAUACCCUUCAUAAUCCUGAUUUUUACAAACUGCAAAAUUUUGCAAGCUACAAAAAGAAGCAGCAGCUUGACUUGUUGCGAGAAAGCCAAAGUGAAGCGUGUGGCUAUUGCCAUUAUUGUUAUUUUCUUGAUCUGCUUUGCUCCAUAUCAUGUGGUUCUCAUAAUAAGAGCCAUAUACUUUAUAUUUCAUCAGGACUGCCCAUGUCCAUUUGAAAAUAAGAUAUAUUCAGUUUUUACAGUGUUUCUGUGUUUAGGCACUGCAAAUGGUGUUGCUGAUCCAAUCAUCUACGUUCUAGUCAGUGAAAACGUCAGAAAAGACUUUUAUAGGAGCCUGAGAAGAUGGAGAUGGAACUCAUCCAAGGUAAAUUCGUCCACUGAUCACAAUACUGAUAACAUAAAACUGGAAAUGCUAAAAGAAUCAGAGGAAGAGGGCCAAAGAAAAGAAAACAAAGAAGUAACAGAUUCAUCUGACAUUCAGAAGGCCUGUACCAGUGGCAGAGACCAGGAAAGUGGCAGCUAGCUGGUAGCUGCUGGAGCAAAUAAGAAGUUCCCAAUGCCAGCUGCAGGACACAAGUUUUUACAUGCUGACAUCAUCUUGCCUAUCCUGCAUGGGCCACUAACUCCUUGAGGACACUAUGGGAGCAAUAAUUCACAUUUCUGUUUGUCUCCUACAAUAAACUUUGCCCACCAGUAUCACUGAUGAAAAUACUACUUUGCUAAGGAUAUGCAAAAUAAAUGAAUUAACUCAAAUUGGGAUCUUAAAGGUUUGGGGGUUUUUUUGACUGACUCUUUCUCUCAUAUGAAAUAAAACCAGUUUUAUCUUCUGAGAAAAAUUUUAAAAAAACAUUGCAGAGGAGAACAAUAUACUGUUCUUAAUGUUGAAAUUUUUGCUUCUUGAGAAGGUACAUGUUCCAAUUCUCAUACAUGUGCUCUGCUGUUACCGUUUGUGGUUAACCAGUGGAAAAUAUUAAAAAUGAGUAAACAUUUUCCUCCUACUCUAGUAUGUGACUUCAGGUACAUCACACAUUCCAGGAGAAUUAGAUGGCAAAAAAAAAAAAAGCCUGAGAACAUAGACCAACAGUACUACUGCUGCAUUAGUCAAGAUCCGCACUGACCUGAAAUUCUUAUAAUGUGUAAUUCUGAUGGUUGAUAGUUUCCAAUUAGUAAAUUUUACUUGUUUUGCAGUCAGACCUAGAAUGCACUGAAAUAUACAGAAAAUGUAUACAUUUCUAAGUGGAGUCAGGGACUGCUUUUAUGCCAUCUCCAAACGUUUGUUGAACUCUUGUUUCAUUUCUGACUAAGCUAACCCUUCCCUUAUGUAACUGAUCCCACUUUACUGUGUAGGAGUCUGCAGAAGCUAUGGGUAGGCUCAUGGAUGGUAUGGAAGGUUGGCAGUCCCAAGAGCACAGUCCUUCCUCCCCACAGCUGGGAACUCCCCAGACAUGCUGGGGCAAAUUUCACUGUUGCUGCUGCCACUUCUAUUAUUAACUUGUUGAUAGUAGUACCUUGUGGCUUUUAACGAGUAUUUAAAAAAUAGGAAUGAUACAAAUCUGGCAAUGUUUAUCUAAACAACUUCUUCAUAUUUUUAUGUGAUUCAACAGACAGAUCAUGAACCAGUUUGAGUACAAGUUUGUAGAGCGUUUCAUAGCAUCAUUCCAUUUAAUCUGUGGUGUUGUAUUUCUGAGACACAUUGAAAUUGUUAGUGACAUUGACAUUUCUGCAUUGAACUAACAUUAACCACUCUUAUUAUAAAUACAAUACUUUUUAUCUUAAAACUGCCAUAGGUAUCUUUGGAUGUUAUUCUUAUGUAUGUUAUGUUUUAUUCUUAUAUAUUCUUACACUUUUGUAAAGAACUAUUAUGCCAAAAUUAUGUAUCCUCAAUUUAUUAUAUUUAUUACAUAUUUCAUUUUUUAAUUAUUGAAUGACUCCUCUGAUAUUUAUAUGUGAAAUGGCUUUGUCCUCAAAAGUAGUCCACAUAAUACUAAAUUGGAGAUUGUUUCUUAGAAGAACGUGACAUUCUGUUGUGGUGUUAAUUAAAAAAUUCUGUAUUUCUAUUUUUA